AAACGUCAUUCAUCCUAUACCCUCCAUGCAGUUCAGGACUUUCUGGGACCACAAUAUAAAAUAAUCCGGAAUGUUGCCCCCUCAGUUCCUUGCAGGGCGAUUACGGUGUUAGUGCUGUCCAGACAUCAUAGCGAGAUAAUUCAGACAGAACGCAAGUUUGCACAGUAGGAAGAAGAGGACGAAGGAAGAAGAAGGUGAUCGGUGGUUUGCCUGAUUGUUAGAAAUAAAUCGAAGGUAAUUAUUUGAAGGAGCUUCUGUGACUGAAGUGUUCGACAAGAUGGUUUCCCAGAUUACCUGCAGCUGCGCAUGAUUUUGAAUGUAAGAACUAUCCAUCGUGUAUGAGCGAGCGCUGUAUCCAAGUUUCGGUGUUUCUGUGUUGUGCAGAGAAAGAGAGAGAGAGAGAGAGCGAGAGAGAGAGAGAGAGAGAGAGAGACAGAAAGGGCGAGGGAAAAGUUUUGUGGGCAUCAAUCGCAUGUGUGAUACUGUAGUUACGUGUGUGGAUAUUCGCCACCUCAAGUGAACGAAGCCAUCCAAAUUGAUUUGUAGCAGCGAUAUGCUAGAUCGAUUGCUUGUGAGUGAAGAUUUCUUCAUAAUCCUUGUGGGUGAAUCCUUCUUUUCAGUCAGGUGAUCUGUAUCCAACCUAGUGCUCUUCCUGAUCAAGUGAUCUCAGAGCUAGACCGAUCUAGUAUCGUUCCUCGAGCAAAGUGAAGUAAAUUGUAGAUUAGUGUUGCGCAUGUGGUUAUACUGAGUGCGCAAGCAUCAUUGAAGAGCGUGUCUCGAAUCUUCUCGUGAAAGUGGAAAAAUAGAAAAUAAGAGUGGCAAAUUGUGUCGAUUGAUUAAAGAUUGCAUCGUUAGGGUCUGUUAGGAGUAAUCGCUUGUAAAUUUAUAGGUGAAGAGACAGAAGUUUAGUAUCAAAGCAACCAGCUAUGCAUUUACCCCUUCAGCACCAGGCUCGUCUGGCCGGCAGCUUCGACGACGAGAAUGAGGAGCUUCAUGCGCAGCUACAGGCGAAUUCGGUCUCUCAUUCGCAUUCUCACCACUCGCAGGAGGACGACGUUUCCCAGUCGCAAGGCAGCAAGGGGAGCGGGGGUGACACUACUCCGAAUGGCACUACCAAGCCCAAGGACCUUCCUUGCCCGCGCUGCCAGUCCAUGAACACCAAAUUCUGCUACUACAACAACUAUAGUGUCAACCAGCCCCGCCACUUCUGCCGCAAUUGCCAACGCUACUGGACCGUGGGUGGUACUCUCCGCAACGUCCCCGUCGGUGGAGGAUCCCGCGUAAAGCACAGCCGCCCGCGCAACCGCACUGACCCUUACUACCGGCCCGGCGCCAACCCAUCUAACGAAUCCGACGCUGAGACGGACCAGAGCGGUAUCUCUCUGCAUCCCUACCUCGCACAUGCCAUGGCGGGCAUGGUACCGCCCGACAUGGCUGGCUUGCUACCCGACGCAGGCUUUCCAGAUUACCCCGAUCCUGCAGAAUUCCCUUUCCACCCUUCCCAAAUCUCCAACCUGCUCCAGCUUGCGCUCCUUCAAAACCCGAGCAUGUACGGUAUGCCAUUCCCGGUCGGUAACCCUGAACGAGACGAGGCUGAGACACUACAAGCCAUGUACGAAGCACAAGCUGCUCCAAACUCCGGAAAUCUUUUGGCUGUUGCCGCGGCGAUGAUGCUCAUGCCAGAUCUUGAUCCUUCGACGAUGUCCUUGUUGCACAAGGCUACGCUCUGGGCCGAAGCUCAGCGUGCGCAAGCGAUGUCAAGGAGGCAAACCACUCAACACGCUGCGCAAGCAGCUUCCGCCUGGGCCGAAGAGCGGGAAUGCAAGCCCAGCGUGAGCGCGCAGAUGCAUCGGGAGAUUGUCGCGAGGGAGGAGUUACGUCAUCGGCAGCAAGUUGCCGGGAUGCAUCGCAGGCCCGGGUUUUGGGAGACUGCACUGUGGUACAGCAGGCCGAACAAGAGACCGGCAUGGGACGAGGCAUCACCAUCGCCGAAGCCAGCGCAGCAGGGAAGCACCCGCACUCUCGACGAGGAGGCGGGCAACACUGCCAAUGCUUCGAGUUUCUCCCAUGGCUAUGACGAUACUUCGUCGUGGGGGAGUGUGGGCUUGAAUGCUGGCCAAGAUUUGUUCUUCUCGUAGCAGUCGAUGAUGGCAGCUAUUGGAAUUGCCGAUUUAGCCAGUUUAUGAACCUGAUUCUCGGGCUCCUGGAGGCAGAGCAGAGAGACGCGGGGUGGUUAAGUUCGUGCGUUAUUCUCGACAGAGCUUUACGGCCGGGGAUCCAAUUCAACGUUGGUUUUGUUUUUAGUUUUUGGUUUGUACAAAAUGACCUUCCACCCCUUCUAUUUUCCCCUACCCCCCAAGAAAACAUCGCCACAGAGUUCAGAAUUAGCCUACCCGACAUGUGAUUAUCAUUGCUCAAGAGCUGUGAGUUCAUCAAUGCGGCGAAUGUUAAUAUUCUGCAACUCAGAGGAUUUCAAGAUAAUAUUGCAGCGAUUAGUGGCGUGAAUUAUGUCCACAUGAAGCGGCGAGGCAGGAUGCUAGACGCACUGAAGAGUGCGGACGAUCCCCUUGCGGAGUGAAACGCGAAGACUUGGAAAGUGUGAAUUAGGCUUGACAUGGUUUCGAAUUUUCCAAUGACGCAGCCGAUGUGAAAGAAUCCAUCGCCCCUGGAUGGAUCGGAAUUUUUGAACUGGGAAAAAAGGGUUGUACUGUAGUAAAUCAUGUGUCGCGACCUUUGAGUAAAACAAUCGUUACAUCUUCAAGCCAACCUUUGAACAGGCUUUUGGUUGCAAAGAGGUUUGAUCGGAGUAAGGUUGUGAUGUGAUCAGUAGUUGAGGAGGAAUAAGGCUAGUCCGCUGUUGCCAUCUUCCAGAACGGAAUUGUAAAUUUUCAUAUCCUUGAGUCCAAUUGUAACAGAGCAUAUUAAGUGUGAAAUCCAAAUCAUCUUCUGUCA